AUGGUGGAGGCUGUCGGCGCUCUGUCUGCUCGUCCGCCCACUCCACCUAGGACAGGUAUUCGUAUGCUGUCUGAAAAAGAUCGAACGCAUGAUUCUCCUAUCGUCGUACAGACCCCCGGCGAUUCUCCUUUUACUGUGAACGGCUCCACGGGUGCUCCCUCUACGCGACAAUCCAAGCGGGUGAACUUCUCACCAUGGACGAAGUACAUUAAACCUCCGUCGUUUGCGAAUGCCACUCUGAAGUCGAAGUCGGAACUCAAGGCGCUGCCCCCCUCAAAUGAAUGCAAGCCUGCAAAAUCGAUUCUGAAGACGACGAAUGCGCAUACCCCGACCAACACGACUGACCCCGAAGAGUAUACCCCCGAAUCGUUCGCCAUGCUAUUGGAUUCGAUUUCGCAACAACUGGCCGGAGAGUCAAUAACUUCCAGACUGGACGCGUAUAUGCAGCUUUUUGGGGCACUAAGAGCAUAUGAAAAGCUUCCAGGGGAUCAAGAAAUCGGGGAUAAACUCGGUCUCAUGGUCCAGUUUAUACAGCGGGAUCUUAGCACAGGCCUUGAGAAUGGAGGUCCCUUGGGCACAAACCUGGUCAUUCAAGCUCUGAAGUUAGCUGCUGCGCUUGCAUGGAAUUUCCAGCUAGCACCACAAUUUUCGGAUGAUUUCAAAAUCUUCCUUGUGGAGCACUCCAUCAACUGCCUUCAAACUGCAAAAGCACCCAAAUCGGUAUUGACGCACUAUAUGUCCAUACUGUCCAUGCAAAACUUCCAACCGAGAGUAAUGACGAAUGGACGGAUCGCGCGCCUUUUGACCGUUCUUGAAGACAUUACCACUCGAGUCAAUGGGAAUGCGAUAGUCUCCCAGCGUCUAAGCAUCUAUCAACGCCUUCUCACUCAAUCUAAGUCAGUUUUCAUUUCGCAGUCCGCGCUAUGGGUAGAACAUCUUCUCUCGGGCCUACUCCACCACGUCAGGGAUACGAGGUUGAAGGCGAUUUCCCUCGGCUUUCAAACUACAAUGAUAUGUGGUCCGAACCCCACCCUAUCCAAAAGUGUUCGCGAUCUAUUCGAUCGUCCUCUGGACAACGGCGGGAAAUUGGUAACAGAAAUCUGCGAGCGGAUGGCGCGGAUGAUGCCGAAUCUUGAGAGUGGCGUCCAUGUGCCCCAAAUCUGGAGCAUCAUAGUCCUCCUACUGAGGACCAAGAGGAGCACUAUCGAUCAAUGGGACCACUUCAAAGAAUGGGUACUUGUUCUGCAAAGAUGUUUUAACUGCAGCGAAUCAUCGAUAAAGGCCCAGGCCAUCCUUGGAUGGAAUCGAUUCGUUGCUGUCGUCAGCCCGAGUGAUACAACGAGUCGUUCGAUGUUGAAGAUGCUAAGUAAACCUAUCAUGUCCCAAUUUGAGCGAAAAAAGCAAGAAAAGUUCGGGUCACAACCUAGUCACCUGGCUAUGUGCAGUUAUCAUAAUCUUCUAUAUUAUGCGUUCCGGCCCUCUGCAACGUUCCAUCACCUUGAUGUCGUUUGGGAAGAGUACAUUGCCGCCCCGUCAAGCACAUUCGCCUCCAACGCCAGCCUGAAUGACCGAUUCUGUCAAGCUUUGUCUAAUCUAUUAUGGAGCUCGCAAGCGAAGAUAUGGACGGAAAAUAAAAUCAAUGAGAGUACCAAGUUGGAACCUGAGGAGUUAUCCUCGAUUGAUUGCAGAUGGGUCAGAUCCAGAAUCUCCACGGUUCUUGGUGUCUUUGAGAGGGUUUUGAAGUCCUCGGUUUGGAGUGAUAAUCCGGCUGAAUCGAAUAUUGCCGGCGCCUGGAUUAGCCUGUCUCGCGCUCUGUCCUAUGCCUCUAGCAAAGAGAUCACCCCUUCUCCCGAAUCUAUGCAAGCUGUUGGCAGCGUCCUCGGCCUCCUCCAGCGUCUUUGGAAUGCCGGUCCCUCUUCUCUGAAUGUCACUAUUCACGACGCCAUGGAUGCUUUCUUCGAACGUUUCCAAUUUCUAUCUACGACCAUGAUUUUCUCACUUGGUGGCAUCUCAUUUACUGAGAAAUUGCUUCUGAAGACAGCCGACGAGACAUUUCAGGCUGCUAACACACCCACAUCACAUCCUUCACGUGGAAGCACCAAUUUAGACAGUCCUAUCCUCCACCUUCUCCGACUCAUAAGCGACGUGUCUCAAAUCUCGGAACCAACCUCUUCGUAUUCGCGUUUAAUCAGUGGCACACUCGAAGCGGCCUGCGAUGGAAAAGCGUCUCGAGGCUCAAGACUAGAACUUCUCCAGCAGUGCGCGCGGCUGUAUCCCAGUGACACCGAGUUCGACCUUGGUGUUCGUAAUUUUGCGCAGACUGUCUGGAGUUCGACUGCACAACUUGCUGCUGAAUCUCUCAGAUCUUAUCCCCUUGAGUCGGCACGUGAACGGGAUGGUUCGGUCAUUCGUGACUACGAGAAUGUCGUCAAGGUUCUUUCCGUUGGACUUAGAUUCCCAUUGUUUUUUCCCGCAUGGAACCAGCUCCUUGAAGCCCUCGUUCGCGCCAUGAGGACGGAGAAAGGGGAGCGGGCCAUUGCAAGGAUGGCUCUAGAGCCUCUUGCAGAAUACAUGUUGCCACUUGAUCCUCAGAGCACCUAUCUUCCGUUAUCUUCUCUUUUCGCCCAGUCCCUUUCCAUUCCAUACUGCCAUGAGGAAUCGGGGGAAGGCCCAGAGAAUGAAAUGAACAGCAAACCUAGCGACAACGAAGUAUUCUUUCCGAGUCAUCUAGCGAGAUUGGUGAAUCGUACACUUCAGGAAUCCUACGCCAAAUUUAAUCCUUUGGAAACGCGCGGCGUUGCGGAUUUCCUCGAGUCUUUGACAUCGUUUUUGGGCUCUGGGGUCUUGUCUUUCCGCUGGGGAAUUCUUGAAAGUCUCCAGGAAACUCUUUCGCUUUGGCUCAAGGAUGAAGCACGCAAAGUCAAUGUUGAAAAUGGUGUGGAGAGCAGGAUUCUUACAGCUUGUCGCGCUCUGUCAUCAGCUGUCAUCAACAUCUUACAGGCUUCAUCCCCCCAUAGCGCCUUGUGUCUGUGCAAAUUUGAGUCUAUCAUCACCGCUGGACUGGAAUCAUCGCAUGCAUCUAUAGCAAAGAGAUUCUUUGAAUUUUUGAAAUCCACUUCUGGGGCACAGGAAUCCUUGGCAUCUUUUGAAGGCAUUUCUCGCGCUCUGGCGAAACUGGAGUCUCACCUAAGUUCUCAGCUGCAAGCUGCAACUCGAACACACAGUUUACAGGGCGGAGGCCUCGCCAACACAGCCCUGGCAACGCAGGAACCAGGCGAUCUGGCGGAUAUGUCGAUCAAGUCUCGCAUUUCAUAUAUUCUUGACGAUAAUUUCCAGAGUACUCGAUCUCCCAGCUUUAAUUCGUCCCCAGUCACGAAUGUACAUAAAGCUACGGGAUUGCCCGUGGCUCGAGGCCGAGAGGCUAUCAAACGCCCGUCUGCCCAGCCAGCGAAGGAUAAUUUGCUCCAUUCUCCCAACGAAGUUCGAUCUAUUCCUUUUGCAACCGGCGACAUAGUCUCCGGGCAUCCUGAUGACGUCUUUGCCAUUAUCGACAAUAUCCGUCCGUCGUCGCCGCAAGCGCAAACUCCAAGAGAACUUGGAUUCUUGACUCCCCCACAUGCACGUAAGCUCUGCAGCCCUGAUUCGGGGGUAAAUUCUCCCCAGACGCCUACGCUACCAGUCGCUGUGGCGGAAAUUGAGGAUGGUUUCUUCGGCUCUUCUCCUACUCCUGGUACUAGGGGCAGAGUGCCGGCGGGUGGUUCGACUAACCCUUCGUCUUUGGCGACCGAGGUGAUGGAUUCCCACAUGGAUAUCGAUCCUCCGUCAUCACCUCCAGGAAUGAGACUUCUUAGUCCGAGCUCUCGCAAUAAGUCGGAAUUGUCCAUUUCUCAUCAGAGACCUUUGAAUAUAGGAAUGGGAAAUGGAGAUACAGGGGAUCAAGAGAAUAUCCCAAACCCUGCAGGUGAAGACAAAGAGGUUUAUAGUGAACCUGCACCUCAGGUCAUCCAAACCGCAAAUCCGACGACAAAUGAGCCUGAACAGUCAGAAAAGCCUCUCAAACGCCGUCUUCGUUCUUCUAUGAGCAAAAUUCCCAUCUCCGAAACUCAUACCAACACUGAAGAAACAGCGGAUGCACAGCAACAGGAAGCAGAUAAUGAGCCACGAACACCCACCAAUCUUACUGAGCGUGUGGAUGUUACUGAAUCUGUACUUGAGAAUCGUCCAGACGUUACUAACGACACUGCAAAUCACGACGAGUUUUCCACUGAGAUGGAUUGCAUUGCGGAUUCAUUUAGCGAUGACAUGGAGAUUCAAAUCGCAUCCCAAUUAGAGCAAGACAUGGAAUCUGCAGAGCAUAUGAACGAGAAGCCCAGAAGCGAGCCAACUCCGGAACCUCCCAGCAAACAAUCGAUGACAAGGAAAAGGAAACGGGAGGUGGAUGAGGCUGAAGCUGAGACGCCUUCCACGCAAGAGCGACGUCGUUCUCAGAGAUUGUCAUCGGUCAAGGCGCCUUCUGUCUCUGCGAUGCAAGAAGCAAUGAGUACCCGUGCCACAAGAUCCAUGACUUCCGCAUCAUCACAACAUGUCAAGUCUUCGCCUGCGCCAUCUGUUGCCAAGAAGCGGAAGCGCCAGUCGAAGACCGAAUUGGAGCAGUUAGUGGAUUUUGGCUCGCAGAUUCUAGGAUCAGUCCCGGCUCUCGAACAGGUAACGUCGAGCAACGAUGCACCGAAAGAACCUGGACCGACGGAGAUCUCGCCUCAGAAGAGAAGAUCCUCUCGCCUGGGCGGUCAUGCAGCGCCAGUCAUGGCAGAGGAAAGUCUUUCUCGGAGACAAUCACCCCGUACGACACGCUCGCACAAACCGAGCCCAACGAAAAAGGCAGCUGUCUCAGAGAACUCUUUUGUCAGGUACACAGAGCCAACAACUGAAUCUACUCCCGAAGAGCCCGAAGUGCAAGUUUCUGACAAGACGGAGAUCCAGACUCAGGGAGCGAAUCAGGAGAGCCCUGUCCUGGAAAAUCAUGUCCCAGAAACAGCUGCCGCCCAAGCGUCCUUACCCACAGUAGGUGAGGAUUCUACUAAUCUUCACAUGGACGACGCAGGCCCAUCGACCGAGCAAGCCUCAACAAGCGAUCAUGCUCAGCUUGAUGAAGUUCCAACAGGCGCUGAUGAACUUGCUCAAACAUCGGACACCCAACCAAUGACGACUCAAUCCACUCAAACCGACAAUCCGACCGAGACUAUCACCCAGGAUGGCGUGAUUUCCACACUCCGCAAGGCUUUGCACGAUAUCAAGAUGACGACUCUGGAUCUCACCUCGCUGAAGGAAAUUGACGAUCUCCUCUUCGACAUCCGAGUCGAGACACACGAAGCACUGAGAAGACACACAACUUAA